CCCGGCCCCGGCUGCUUGUCUGCUCUCCCGCUCCUUCGGCUCCGUGCACGCCGCCACCGCCGCCAUGCUCUCCGUCCGCGUCCCGCUCGCCACCCUCGCCGACCAGCAGCAGCUGCAGCUGUCGCCGCUCAAGGGGCUCAGCCUGGCCGACAAGGAGAACACGCCCCCGUCCCUCAGCGGGACCCGCGUGCUGGCCAGCAAGACGGCCCGGAGGAUCUUCCAGGAGCCCGCGGAGCCGAAGUCGGCAGCUGCCGCGGCCGGCGUGGAGGACGAGCCGCUGCUGCGGGAGAACCCCCGGCGCUUCGUCAUCUUCCCCAUCGAGUACCACGACAUCUGGCAGAUGUACAAGAAAGCCGAGGCGUCCUUCUGGACGGCCGAGGAGGUGGAUUUGUCCAAGGACAUUCAGCACUGGGAGGCCCUGAAGGACGAGGAGCGGUACUUCAUCUCGCACGUCUUGGCUUUCUUCGCCGCCAGCGACGGCAUAGUAAACGAAAACUUGGUGGAGCGCUUUAGCCAAGAAGUUCAGAUCACCGAAGCCCGCUGCUUCUACGGCUUCCAAAUUGCCAUGGAAAACAUACAUUCGGAAAUGUACAGCCUGCUUAUCGACACUUACAUUAAGGACCCCAAGGAACGGGAGUUCCUCUUUAAUGCCAUUGAGACGAUGCCUUGUGUCAAGAAGAAGGCUGACUGGGCCUUGCGCUGGAUUGGGGACAAAGAGGCGACCUAUGGAGAACGGGUUGUAGCCUUCGCUGCGGUGGAAGGCAUUUUCUUUUCCGGCUCCUUUGCGUCCAUCUUCUGGCUCAAGAAGCGAGGCUUGAUGCCUGGGCUCACAUUCUCCAAUGAACUGAUUAGCAGGGACGAGGGUCUGCACUGCGACUUCGCCUGCCUCAUGUUCAAGCACCUGCUGCACAAGCCGUCCGAGCAGAGGGUGAAGGAGAUCAUUGUCAAUGCCGUGCGGAUCGAGCAGGAGUUCCUCACAGAGGCUCUGCCCGUCAAGCUCAUUGGCAUGAACUGCACUCUGAUGAAGCAGUACAUCGAGUUUGUGGCGGACAGGCUGCUGCUGGAGCUCGGCUUUAGCAAGAUUUUCAGAGUAGAGAAUCCCUUUGACUUCAUGGAGAAUAUCUCACUGGAAGGGAAGACGAACUUCUUUGAAAAGCGGGUAGGCGAGUACCAGAGGAUGGGGGUGAUGUCAAGUCCGUCUGAGAACUCCUUCACCUUGGACGCCGACUUCUAGAUGAA